UGACAUGGUGAAAGACAGGAAAAUCUACGAAGAGGAAGGGGUGGAAACCUAUGUGAAGUACCAGGAGGAAAACGAGAAUGUCCCCCUGAAGCCCGGGCCAGCUUUCUAUUUUGUCAAGGCACUAGAACAGGUCAAUGCCCGGCUUCGUGAGCUGUACCCUAAUGAUGAAGAGCUAUUUGAUAUUGUUCUGAUGACUAAUAACCAUGCCCAAGUGGGAGUGAGACUCAUAAACAGCAUCAAUCACUAUGGUUUAUCGAUUGAACGCUUCUGUAUGACUGGUGGAGAAAGCCCUAUUGGUUACCUAACAGCAUAUCUUACCAACUUAUACCUUUCUGCUGACUCUGAAAAAGUCCAAGAAGCUAUAGAAGCAGGCAUUGCAUCUGCUACAAUGUUCACUGCAAAUAAAGACAUACCUUACUGUGAUAAGCAGCUGAGGGUGGCGUUUGAUGGGGAUGCUGUUCUCUUUUCUGACGAAUCAGAGCAGAUUGUCAAAGAGCAUGGAUUAGAUAGAUUUUUUGAACACGAACAGAUGAAUGAGAAUAAGCCCCUUGCACAGGGUCCUUUGAAAGGUUUUCUGGAAGACUUAGGGAAGCUGCAGAAGAAAUUUUAUGCAAAAGACGAACGAUUAGAUUGUCCUAUAAGGACCUACCUCGUCACAGCUAGAAGCGCAGCAAGUUCUGGAGCCAGAGUGCUGAAGACUCUCCGUAGCUGGGGUUUGGAGAUUGAUGAGGCACUUUUCCUUGCAGGAGCUCCUAAAGGACCGAUUUUGGUGAAAAUACGGCCUCAUAUUUUCUUUGAUGAUCAGAUGUUUCACAUUGAAGGAGCACAACAACUGGGUACUAUAGCAGCACAUGUACCUUAUGGCAUUGGUCAGAAGUACAACAAAUCCAAACCUAAAGAUGACACUGUUAAAAAAUAGCUUCCCUUUAACUUAGACAGCCUCUAACACAUCAAUAGUUAAGUCUGAAAACUCUACCUUUGUAUAUUAUAAGGAGUAUGUUUAAAGAUUUGACCUCGGUAGCUAAAUAAGUUUUAAAAGGAAAUAUUUUUAAUAUAAGUUUUUUUAAAUAGUACUCUUGAACACUUUUUGGUUUGGUUUGCUAGGUCUAGCACUGUUGUUUUUUAAUAUUAGGAAAAGUCUUGUAUUGAUUUUAUAGUUUAAGCCAUAUUUUAAAGACAUAUAUAUAUAUCUGUAUAUAUAUGUCUUUAAAAUAUAUAAGUGUGUGACUUCUCUGAAAGUGUUGUAAAUGGGUUAUUUAUAACGUGAAUCAUGCUACAUAAAGAAUAUUUACAGGUUAUUUUUGAAAAGACCAAAAACGUGGUGCGAGUAUGUUUACCUAUUCAGGGUCAGUUUGUUGAAUAUGUGCUCAGUGAUUGUGUCAUCAUGAAUCUUUGAUCUGUAUGGGUGAUUUGUAAUUCCAGUGGAAACUGUUAGUUUGUGUGGCCUUGUGUUUACAGGAACCCUUUAUUUUUCUAAACUAUUUUUCCUACUCGAAUAAAGCUG